AUGUCAUCACGUAUACAACAUGAGAUUUCUUGCGAUAAUCCAGAAACUAUAGCGAUUUCGCAGUUUUAUUCGGCUUGCUGCAAUUAUCAAGUAUCAACAACAUCAUUAACACUAUCACCAUCAGAUUCAGCAACACAACGAAGACAAAAAUCACUCGAACCACAUGUUUGUUUCAAACACUGUAAAAUAUUAUCAAACACAUGGAAUUCAACUGUUCAUGGCUUAUCAUUAUCUGCAACGCCACAUCAUCAUCAAUUCCCUGAACUGCGUCUCAUUAUUCGUGCUAGUCAUAACAAAUCUGUAACAAAAACUAACAAUAUCAGCUCAUUUCUGGAUAUCAUACAGGUUUUCUUUUCAUAUACUUCGUACUCAUUCGUAUCAAAGAUAUCAGCAUAG